CUUACAGUGAGGGAGGCAGGGCGGCAGGCCGGUGGACGUAGAGGCUGGCCGGGUCUCCGCCGACGCGCGGAUGGGCGGCCGGACGGCAGGCGGCGAUGCGCGGCUUCGGUGCUGCUUCGUGGGCGGCCAGGCGGCAGGCAGCUUCGGCGGCGAUGCACGGCAACGCACGACUUCCGGCUUCAGCGGCGAUGCGCGUUCUCGUCGCUCUCUCGCGCCGGCGGCGACCAGACUGAGAGGGAUGAGAUCGAUUUUAGGCAGGGUUUAGCUGCUCUCACAGUGAUAGAUUGGUCUUUUCGCGUGUGCUAGCCACGCUGCGCUGAGGUGGUACGUCAGUUCAGCAAAAGUGGCAUAAAAUGAGUUAAUUUCUCUCCUAUAAUAUAUCUGUAAGUGCAAACGUAAAAGUGGCAUAAAAUGAGUUAAUUUCUCUCCUGUAACGUAAGUGCAAAAGUAAAAGUGGCAAUCAGACAAAUAUAACAAUAUAACAGUGGCAAAUAAUUAAAUUUCCCAUCGCCCUCCCCUUCUUGAGCGGAGAAGCUGCGCCCCGCCGUCCCGAGCUCCCACGACGCCCCGCGCGGGCGCGGCCUCCGACCACCGCGUCUCACACCGUCGAGCUCCCAGAUCGCGGGGAAGACGAAGACGCCUCCUCCCCCGGUCUGAUGGCCGCCGCCGUAGCUCCAGGGUCGUCCUCCGCCUGGGACUUCACCUGUGACUUGGAAAUUGAUUAUGGAUCUGAGGAACAUGCAUCCAUUGUGUACAAAACGCUAGCUGUUGACAAGGAGUUGCAGCCUGACAAGGUCAAGAGGGAAAUGACUGUUUUGGGUGGCAAGCUUGUUGUGCACUUUGAAGCAGUAGAGGCUCGGUUCCUGCGAGCAUCAUUCAGCGCGUUUGUCGAUCUUACAGUACUGGUGACCAAGCUUGUCGAAGAAUAUGGCAUCGGCAAGGAGGGAGUAGGCAAUAUCUAGAUAGGUUUACUUCCAGUGAACAUUUUUUAAAAUGGUUUUACUCCACUUGUGAGCAUCCGGACCUUAUUCUGUAUCCUUUUACAUGUUCUUAGUUUCUUACGCCAAAAUUUUACUAGAUAGAAGCAGCUGUUUGUAUUCUUGAUUACUCGAAUCUUGGUAAGGGCUUUGCCAGCGUCAUGCAAAAAUGCGAGCAAGUUGGAAGCAUCUUAUGUGUUCUGGUAAUCCUAGGCUGAAGAUGAACACUAGUACUAGCAAUAGAAGUGUUAUACAAUUGUGCAAUUUUCAUCA